UCAAGCACGCUGCACCUCCCCGUUCCUCCUUUAAUAAACAUGGCUGAACUGAACACGGAGGGUGGAUUACAGCACCAGCACAGGACUCGCACACACUCACACUGUUGAUUCACACAAGAAGACUGAGCAUGAUGUGAAUGUUUACAGCAGGGAGCCAAAGCAGCAAAAGUUUGAGUUUGACAGCCGCUAACGAAGAGACUUGAGCGGGACAGACCAGCUCCAGCUGAGAUACUACUGCAUGCAAAGCGUAGACUAAAUACUGCUUUCGCAUUUAUAGAAACUAUGCGUGUCUACUGAAGAAACCCUGGAUUUAAUGCUCUGAAGUAGCCCAAAACAGGUUGGCUUACAUUUGAAAGAGUUUUAAGCUGCUCUUAUAUGGAUUUACAGUUUGUUAUAUUGUCCCGUUUAAAUGAUGUUCUCCGGUAAACAAACGAAGCCGACUUUUAAGUCUUAUCUUCCUCCACUUCAGACUGACUCGAAGAAAAGUCCUCAACUGCCCAUCAAGAAACUAGAAGCAAAACUUCUACCAGGUGAAAUAGUUGUGAAUGAGGCUAACUUUGUAAGGAAGUGCAUCAGUGCAGAAAGCUGUCAGGAUGACCUCUGGGGGAAACUUGUGUGUACUAACUUCAAAGUUUCCUUCAUUACCCAUAAUUCCUUGCCACGACAGAGAUUCCAGUGCACCCACCGCCUCUUGGGCGAGCACGAUAUCCCGCUGGCUUGCGUGGAGCAGGUAGUAACAGUGAAUGAUGUUAAGGGGAAGCAGAAGAUUUUGGGUUCCAAUCAGAAGCUGAAAUUUAACCCUACUGAGCUUAUCCUCUACUGCAAAGACUUCCGCAUCAUCCGAUUCCGCUUUGAUGAAGCCGGACCCGAGAGUGCUAAAAAGGUUUGUCUGGCCAUCGCUCAUUACUCCCAUCCUGCUGACCCACAGCUACUCUUUGGCUUUGAAUACGUCGGAAAGCGAUACCAUGGAUCAACGGGUGAGCGGGUGAACGGCGUUGACCCUGGCGGGGGGAUGCAGACCACCCUGUUCGACUGCUCCUCAGACUGGGACAGAGAGAUCAAGCGUACUGGCGCCUCUGAAUGGAGAGUGUGUACCAUAAAUCAAGGCUAUUUCAUCUCGCCCAGUCUCCCAGAAUUCUUUGUGGUUCCGGUAUCUCUAGCGGAUCAGGAUCUGAAGCAAUACGCCUGCUUCUUUUACUCCCAGCGUAUCCCGUUAUGGUGCUGGAAUCACUCCAGUGGGAGUGCUCUGGUCCGCAUGUCUAACAUCAGUGACCUGCAGCAGCAGAGGAAGGUGGAGCAGCGGAUUUCCAGUGCCAUCACUAAGAGCCACCCCCUCCGAAGUGAUGUUUUCAAGUCGGAUUUGGACAAAAACCUCCCAAACAUCCAGGAUAUUCAGGCUGCUUUGCUGAAACUGAGGCAGAUUUGUGUUAUAGAUCCCUUUGAGGAGUCUGAAGAGAAGUGGCUGUCAUCCUUAGAGAGCUCAAGAUGGAUGGAGUAUGUCAGAACAUUUCUACGGCAUGCAGUAGAGGUAGUCUAUAUGCUGGAGAGCAGAAAUGUGCCUGUCAUACUUCUAGAGAAAGAGGAUCGGGACCUGAGUUGUGUGAUUUCCUGUCUGGUGCAGCUGAUGUGCGAUCCUCACUGCAGGAGUCUGCAUGGCUUCCAGGGUCUGAUUCAGAAGGAAUGGGUAAUGGCUGGGCAUCGGUUCCUGGACCGCUGCAACCAUCUGAAGAAGAAUGACAAAGAGGAGUCUCCUGUGUUCCUGCUGUUCCUGGACUGUGUGUGGCAGCUGUGGAAUCAGUACCCAGCAGCCUUUGAGUUCACUGAGGUGUACCUGACAGUGCUGGGGGACAGUAUGUGGGUUCCCAUCUUCAGCACCUUCCUCUUCAAUUGCCCCCGACAAAGAGCAGAGCACAGCAGGGAUUUUGCAAGCAGUAAGAGUAUUCACCUGGGGCAGGACCAGGCUCUGCGCUUUCCUCCAGUGUGGGACUGGUCUCAACAGUUCAGUCUUAAAGACCAGACUCUUUUUAAUAAUCCCCUGUACGUGGGCAAGAUCGCUACCUGUGUGCAGAACGGCACAGUGAAGACAUUCACACACAGGCGCAGCAAGAAAAACUACAGUUCCACGCUGCGGGGUCUGCCCUCCGCUUUGCGAAACGGAUCGCUUGGACCGAACGACACCCUAGCGCGCCGGAACUCCCUCGUGCUGCGUCUCCGUUCUGAUUUGUCUCAGGUGCGGGAGCAGCAGGAGACCCCAUCGGAACGCUUCAUUCGGGACUUUUUCUCUCGUCCUGUCGACCUACAGGGCCUGCUGCUCCCCCAGCUCCUCCCAUCUCACCUCUCUGUCUGGAAGCUCUACUUCCUGCGCUGGGUUCCCGAGGCUCAGAUUCCUCAGGGCGGCCCCAUCACUGCCUUCCACAAGCUCUCGGUGCUCACAGAUGAGAUUGACAUGCUCCAGAACCAGUUGAGGCAGUACAAAGGAGCAGGCGGUACUCCUAACAAUCUGCACGCGGAGCACAGCAAAAUGUACUUUAAGGCGACUUCGACCCCUCACCAGCCCCCUGCUCCUCCAGAGUACCUCAGCUCCUCGUUUCCUUUCUCUCCUGUGGGUAACCUGUGUCGCCCCGGCAUUCUGGGGUCUCCUCUUAGCAAGUUCCUCAAUGGAGCCAAGAUCUGGCUCUCUACGGAGACGCUGGCUAAUGAGACGAUUUGAGGGCAGACUGCUGGGAUAGGACUGUGAGGUCAGACAAACAUAGACAAACAUCUAAGGCCUGAAGAUCUUCUCAUUUUGAAUGUGCAGGCUUGUGGUACUGACAGUUACCUGGACAUUUUUAUUCAGUCUGUUGAGAGUUGUCAGGCAGUGAUUUUUUUUUGCACCAGAUUAAAUAUAAAGCUCCAAUCGCACAUCGUUCUGACAUAGGAUUGUUUGGAUCUGUUGUACACUGCCUGUAUAUACUUUUCUCCUUGUGUUAAAAUACUUGGUGGAUUUCUCAAUUUGAGGCUUGUGGCAUUAGUUGGAAAGGAAGUAGAACUGGUAAUACUUCAUAUUAAGCUUCAAUUUGUUAUCAUUAUUUAAUGCAUUAGGUAUCAUGAACUAACAAUAAACAAUUUUUUACAGCUUAUAUUAAAGGUGCAUAUGAAUACACAUACUACUGUUUGAGGUUUGGGGUCAGUUAUUUAAUAAAAAAUUAGGUAAAAACA